GUGUGUUCCCGGGAGUUUGUUUAUAUGAAUUUUGGGGCUUUAGGGUUUAAGCACAAAACACCUAAACUCUCUCUUCUUCCUCUCAUUCGUCAGUCCAAUCCUUCCAAAUUUUUCCUCAACAAUGGUGAAAACUCGCAAUUCUCGAUCUAACAAAGUCAAUAAAGCGGUUGCAAAAUUCCAAGAGCAAUUACGAGAGAGAGUAAUGGCAGCAUUUAAACGAUAUUCGCCGAAAAAGCCAAAGGCUCCAUCAACCUCCACCGCGGCUGCUCCUCGCCAGAAUUCUCAGUCCACCAAUGAAGCCAACCCAGUCCCUCUCGCCAUUAUUCGUCAGUCAGCGAUUGUUCUGUAUGUUACUCCGUCAGAGUCCGGCCACCGUGAAGAAGUUUUCUCCACUCCUCGGGGUUUUCCAAUAUCUGAUGAUUCCACCGCCACUGCUCCGGUGUCUCUGCCACCAGCAGCCUCUCCUGCCAAUGCUGGUGCAUCUCAACCAUCUCCUAGUCAUCCGCCUUGGUCACCCCCAAACUUGAUGAAGUUUCCUGUCAGACCAGGUUUUCCUUCUUGGAACUCUCGAUUCCCAAUUUAUCCAGAAAGGAUGAAACAAAAGUCCCCAACUCGAAUUGAAACUGAAAUUCGGGCUGAGUCUAAAAAGCAGAAGAUGAAGAGGUAUGCCUCCUCAAGUGAUAAUUGCUUCCAUCCAACAACUGGUCCUGGUGCUUCUAAUGAGGCUGCUGAGGUCGAACAAUCUCACGCCUCUACUGGACCAUUGCCAAAGAGGAAGAAGCAGAAGAAAACCACUGCUCCAGUCAGUUCAAGCAGGGUUACUAGGUCUAAGACCAAACCUCAGGCAAAAGCUUCAGAGACCUUCAAAAGAGAGAAAGCGAAGGAAGCCUUUGGUCUAAAUUCUGGAGGAUGUUACUUCUCAUGUCUCAACUAGUGUCACAUCCAGUUCCUCUCAAUCUGUUGCUGCUGUUCAAAAAGCUCGUAUCAUUCAGUACUUGCAGAAGGAAUUACAGGAUCUUGCUACUUGUGAAAAGAGACUUUUACAGGAGCUCAAAGAAAUUGAUUAGCGCAAGAAUGAGGCUGCGGCGCUGC